AUGGCGGAAACUUCAGCACCUACUCCUCCUCCUACUGAUCCGACCCUCCUCCACCGAUACCAUCAUUUCUCCCCAGCCACCGACCCGCUGCUCGCCUCCCUCUCCCCGAACUCCACGACUGAGUCGGAGGAUCCGAUUACAGGGGAGACGGUGCUCCAGCUCAAUCCGAAUGUGCAUCUGGUCCGGCAUCCUAUUAUCAGCGCGAAGCUUACGGCACUCAGGUCGACCGCUGCUAGUCCCAAGACCUUCCGCGAAGGCGUGCGGGACAUCUCCCUCUUCCUAGCGUUCGAGGCAUCCUCCGACCUGCCUACGUUCCAGAUCCCCAUCCAAACCCCCAUCACCCAGACCACAGGGGCGCUGCUCGCCUCCCGCAUCGGGGUAGUGCCCAUCCUCCGCGCAGGAAUGGGGAUGACCGAGGGCCUGCUCCAGCUGUUCCAGGAUGCGAACGUCUUCCAUAUAGGCCUCUUCCGGGAGAGGGAGACGCUGCAGCCUGUGGAAUACUACUCCAAACUGCCGGAGAACGUCGAGGUCGACCUGGUGUACAUCGUCGAUCCUCUGAUUGCGACAGGCGGCACUGCCUGUGCGGCGAUAACGAUGAUUGCAGAAUGGGGUGUCCUAAUUGAGAAUAUCCGUUAUCUUGCGGUGCUAGCUUCUGCACCUGGGCUAGAAAGGAUCCAUUCCGAGUUCCCGGACUUGCAUAUAUGGGUCGCGGCUGUCGAUCCAGGCUUGACGGAAGAAGGACUCAUCACCCCUGGGUUGGGGGAUACGGGAGAUCGGAUGUUUAAUACCAUGCGGCCAUGAGGCUUCACGGACGAGUUACGGAGAUAGCGCUGUCUGCGGACAGGGUUGAUGAUGUUGUGAUUGAUAUGGUCCUGGUAAGAACCGGGGUGGAAGUUCGAGAUGUACACGUUCUGUUGCUUCGGUUGCUUUCUUUAUCGUCUUGUUGUCUUUCGUUGCUUACCCUUACUUUCGUUGUUUUCCUUGUUUUGCCAACGCUGGUAUUUUAUGUUUUGUGUAACCCUACUCGAUG